AACAACACUGGGAUGGCAAAAGACUGGCAAGAUGCGCAUUUAGGCCAAUGUCAGAGGAUUGAAGAUUAUCCAAAUGUAGCUAUUAAUUACCCAGGAUCUUAUGUGACUCCUACUGGAACCAUGGCAUAUCAUCCAACGAAUACUCCCUUCUAUGCUCAAGUACCUACCCAUACCAGUCCCCAAGGUACUCUUUACCCAGUUUAUAAUUCUGUAAGCCCAGUAUAUGACCCUACUACCGGACGUGUCCUUUAUCGAAAUAUAGCACCGUCUCCUACAGCAUCAAUACCUCCCGCUCGCCAUGGAUUGGCCGUUUACGGUCCAUCACCGCAUUUGCAAGGUCAUCCUGCUCCACCACAUCCAGGCGAAGCUGCUUCUUCUGCUGCGGCAGCUGGAAGUCAAGUAAAAACAAACGGAGAUUAUCCAUCACAAGCAAUGGUGGCUCCUUCAGGAGACAACAACAAUAUGUCUCGUACCACGAACGUGCGAUCCUCUGCUUCUCCUUUUGUUACCAAUCAAAAUAUUCCUCUUACAUCCGGCCCUUCAAGUCAACCAUCACCGGCCAACAAUGAGUUCAGGCAAUUAAAUGUAACUGAUGCUUUAUCUUAUUUGGACCUGGUGAAGUUACAAUUCCACCACGAACCUGAAGUUUAUAAUGAAUUUCUUGAUAUAAUGAAAGAGUUCAAAUCGCAGGCGAUUGAAACUCCCGAGGUAAUUACCCGAGUGUCCGCUUUAUUUUCUGGUUAUCCCGCAUUAAUACAGGGAUUUAAUACAUUCCUACCACCUGGUUACGGGAUUGAACUUGGUCCUUCUGAGUAUGGUAAACCUCCAGCCGUGCAUAUCACAACACCACAAGGUCCACUGGUAAUUACGGAUUGGAAUCGUCCUCAUGCUACUGCUCAACUGCCUCAGGGUUACCAAAAGCCAAUUGCUUACCAACCAACGAAUCCACAACCCGCUAUUCCAUCCACUGGUGUACUUCCUCCUUCUGCUCAAUCAUCUACUUCUGUUCCAUAUAAGUCUUCUCCUUCUCCGAUGCCUCCUUCGUUUCCAUCUGUAGAUGCAUCUGUGAAACAAGCUGCCGAUUUGGAUCAUGCUAUAAAUUUUGUAAAUAACGUGAAAAAUAGGUUUUCCCAUAAGCCUGAAGCUUACAAUGCUUUCUUGGACAUACUGAAGUCUUAUCAGCAUGAUCAGCGUCCCAUUCAACUCGUUUAUUAUCAAGUUUCCCAACUGUUUGCAGAAGCACCUGAUUUGUUAGAGGAGUUCAAGCGAUUUUUGCCAGAUGUUUCUCUAAAAGCUGCCUCAGAAAAUCAGGAGAAACCGACUGCUGCCAUCACUGAUUCUUCAGCACAAGCUUCUAAAGUUUCUCCUGCAACCACUACUUCCUCACUCCCUCCCAUUGGAAAAUUUGCUCCCCCAGCUCCUUCAAAGCCAACUCAACAUGUUGAAAAGCGUCGGGUCGAACCAGCUGUAUAUACUAGAAGUCAUGCAAAGCGUACGAGAACUGCAACCCAAACUGCCGAAGAAUAUAGCCCAAGAGCUUUCAAUGUUCCAAUUGCUCAAAACAAAAACCUCACAGAACUCGCUUUUCUUGACGCUGUACGUCAAUAUUUGGUCAACGAAUCCAAAUAUAACGAGUUUAUUAAACUCCUUGAAUUAUAUUCUCAAGAAGUAUUCGAUAAAAAUGCUUUAGUCGAACGUUGCCAAAAAUUUCUCCAUGAAAGUGAGCACUUAUUGAAUUGGCUUAAAGACUUAGUAAAGUGGGAUCCUAACGAUUGUAUUCCCGUUCCAAGACCUAGGGUUGACUUAACCCAAUGUAAGAGUUAUGGUCCAAGUUAUCGACUACUACCUAAAAUUGAGUUAUUAUUACCUUGUUCGGGAAGAGAUGAUGCAUGUUGGACUAUCCUAAAUGAUGCUUGGGUAAGCCAUCCAACAUUGGCGUCCGAAGAUUCAGGUUUUAUUGCUCAUCGGAAAAACCAGUUUGAGGAGUCUUUACAUAGAUUAGAAGAAGAAAGAUACAAGUAUGAUCGUCAUAUUGGAGCAAAUGUGAGAGCUAUCGAACUUCUCGAAAUGAACUUCCGUAAAAUGCAGAAAUUAACUGAGGAUGAGAAAGAAGGCUGGACUUUGCCUGUUGGACUUGGUGGUAAGUCUCCUAGUAUUUAUCAAAAAGUCAUCAAAAAAGUUUAUGGAAAUGAGGCAGCCCAAGAGGUUAUUGAAAACUUACAAAAACAUCCUGCCAUAACUAUUCCCAUUGUGCUAAAUCGACUAAAACAGAAGGACCGCGAAUGGAGGGGUCUGCAAAAGCACUGGAAUGAGCUUUGGCACGAUAUUGAAGAGAAGAAUUUCUACCGUAGCCUUGAUCAUCAAGGUAUUACCUUCAAAUCUACUGACAAGAAAAACACUACUCCUAAGUUUUUGAUUGGAGAGCUUCGGAAUUUAUCGAAGCAACAGAAAACCGAAACAGAGGUAGGAAAAACAGCCCCUUCCUACCAAUACUUAUUUGAGUACAAGGAUAAGUCUAUCAUUCUUGAUAUGGCUCGAUUGUUUGGUGUUUUUUUGGUGCAUGUCUCAACACAAUCUGUAGAAGACCGAGAAAAACUUUCUAGCUUUUUACGUUCGUUCUUAUCGAUAUUUUUUGACAUUCCUUACGAAUCAUUUGAGCAGUUCUUACCUAGUCAUUUUAAUGACGAUGAGUCAGAAACUGAAUCACAAGUGAGUAGUCUUGAUAAAAGUAGACGCUCAAAUACCCCUACGUCUCAUGGUGCUAAUAAUGGCUUGGGACUUUUGAAGGAUAUUUUCAAAAAAUCACAGAAAGGCCCUCGGGAAAGUAGAAGCAUAAAAUCAGAGUCUGCACCAGAAUCUACUGAAGAAACUCCCGAGCCGAAUGAAGUUGAUGAUUAUUCCGUUGAUAAUGAAGAACCUACUGAUUUAACGGCAACAUCCAUGUUUUCCAGUGGGGAAGUUUGGGUUAAUUGUAGAUUUACCGAUUCGGAUGGGGCCUUGCUGGAUGACGGAACUAAAUUAUCUGAGCGUAAUGUUUUCAAUUUGUUUGGCAAUAUGGGACUUUAUUGUUUCUUUAGACUAUUUCAUAUCUUAUACACCCGAUUAGAGCAUUUAAAAGGACUUGAAGAGAAAGCAUACCAGAAACAGCACGGUAUAAAGCCCAACCCUGUAGCACUUGAUUUAGGGCUUAUUCGAGAUCCUUCAGAACGCUUGGGAUUCACACUUCCUUCGUCAGAUACCGUUUACGGUCAGGCUCUAGAACUAUGCGAGCGUAUAAUUGAAGGAGAGAUAGAUCAAAAUGGAUUUGAAGAUGCAUUGAGAUGUCUAUAUGGGAUUCAUGGAUUUAGGAUGUACACUGUUGAAAAAAUUAUCGGCUCUUUGAUGAAACAACUGCAUACGAUAACCGGCAACCGUCGAAUAGCACAACUAUUUAUGUUUUUCGAAAGGGACCGGGUUCAGCGAAAAACCAGUCCUCGGCAGCAAAUUAUGUAUCGUGUACAAACGGAAACCGUUCUUGGACCUGAUGAAGACUUGUGUUGUAUAGAUUGGAACUCGGAAACUCAACAAUCGGCUAUUCGCCUUAUGGGAAGAGAGGACUUGACUAUGGCGAAUCUGAAGACUGAUGCCGAAAAAUGGUGCUAUUAUAUUGGUAGUUAUAUAAUGUCUAGUCCAACCGAGGGCAUUUUGCCUGAACAAGUUCGAGUCCCUUUUUUACAUCGGAAUUUACCAAUUGAUGAUGUUAACGAAGAAGAUGAGAACAACUAUGUAGUGCGCAAUGCUCAUGCAAUACUCACGAAUUUCUUGAGAAGUGGUUUGGCGCUCACGAUACCUAUCAAUACUGUGAAAAUAGUUUAUGAACCUAGUACGGAAGAUGUAUUUGCUCGUAAUUCUGAGCUUGUUUAUACCGGACCUUAUGAAAAAAUAAAGAGGUACAGACUUUCGCAAUGGCGUGAAUGGUUAGAAAGCGAAGAUGGAUGGUCUAGAGGAUUAACCAAGGAGAAAUCGAAGAAGAUUAAGUCAGCAUCUCUUGACAGCCUGUUUUCUGAGACGAGUUUACGCGCUUGGAAACAAGAACAAAUGGCCUUAUCAGAAGGUAAAGGAAAAAAUGGAUCGACCGCUGCAAGUGGUAAUGGCAGGAAGUCUGGAUAUAGAGCUAGAGGAGUCAAAUCCAAUGUGAAUGCUGAGCAGCAACGUACAAAAUCAGGAAUUGAUUUGAAUGACGAUAAUACAUCUGAAGAAACAAGUCAAAUUGAUGGGGAAGAUGAUGCCAAUACCCAAGAUGAGGAUGAAGCAGAAUUUUCUAAAGGUCAUCAACGAGGAAAAAAGUACGAUGGAGACAAUAAUGAAACGCCUGACAAGAUGACGAAAAAGACCAGAACGCUGAAAGAGAACGUGAAAAAUGAUCGUGAAAACCAGACAACUUCUAAGCAAUCUGAAAGUACAUCUGCCGCCAGUUUUAAUAAAUUAGACGCUGAUAUGGAGGACGAUAAAACCGACAUGGAGGAGCAAGCUGAUGACUCUUUUGAUGGUGAUAAUACGAUGGAAGAUGACCUUUUGAAGGAGUAGCACUUUUUCUACCAUUUACUUAAUUAUUCCGUUGGGCCUUUAGAAACUUUGAUUUACUUUUGUUUAUCGUUUAUGUUUGCCAUAUCAUGUAUAUUCUGUACGUUUAGUUCUUUACCUUUUGAUUAUUAUAAUUCGCAUUAUUUAAUAGAUAUGUCUUUUUGUACAGUUGUUUUCUUAUGCUAGUAUGCAGGUACUUUUCAUUCAAUCUAGUCUACAUUCAGAAUUAUCCUAUAACGCUGAUUCUCAAAAUGCGCCGCACGCUACGUGCCCAAAAAGCGGAAGAUGA